AUGCAGGGAAGUGAUGAUUUAUGUGAGUUUUGAAAGGGGAACUUGGGCUAAAUCGAUAGGAAUAAGUUGUCGAUAUCUUUUUCGUUUUGCCAACGCUUGGGUAGUGACGAAGCAUUGGAGUUUCCACGUUAUAACACCUCAACAAAAUAAUUUUCAGCUGAUAUCGGAAAAUUCGGAGGAAACUUUGAGAUCGAAAAUCCUGUUCCUCGGCCAAGUUCAAAUGACGUCGACCUAUUGAACAACAAACUGCACGCAAUGUCUUUGAAAAGCAGAAUGACACUUCAUCCGGGUGCCGAUUCAAUGAGAAUCAUUCAACUCGAAAAUGAAGUUCGCCAACUUCGUGAACAACAUCUGAAUCUAAAAAACGACUAUUCAAUGGUUGAAGAGAAAUUUCGAAAACAAGAAGUUCUACUUCACAAAUUGACGGAAAGAUAUAGAAAAGAAUUGAUGGAAAGAGAUGAGGAGUUGCGAAAAGUUCAUAAUGAGAUGGUUGAUUUGAAGGGGCAGAUUCGAGUUGCGGUAAGAGUUCGAAAAUAUGAGGAUGAGAAAAAUGAGGAUAUUUGUGUGGUUGGAGAGAAUGAUAUCAAAUUUGAUAAUAAGGCUGAAUAUCAUUUUGAGCAUAUUUUCAAUGCAAGGAAUGAUCAAGAAAUGGUAUUUGGACAAGUCAAAGAACUUAUUUUGGUAAGGAGGUUUUUAAGAAGAUUUCUAUGAACUAAUUUUCAGUCAGUUCUCCAUGGCUACAAUGUUUGUCUGAUCGCUUAUGGUCCAACAGGAAGUGGUAAAACUUUCACGAUGCGAGGAGAAAAUAACGAGAAUUUGGCGGGAGUUAUCCCAAGAUCUAUUCAAUUUCUUCUCGAACAUUCAGAACAACAAUUAGCUGCGAUUGGUUGGAAAGUAGGUUCCUCUAGGUACUUUCUUCUAAACGGAUAAAUCUUGAAACUUUUAGUUCAACUUCUCUGCUUCGUAUUUGGAAGUUUACAACGAGGAAGUAUUUGAUUUGCUGGAUCAGCGGAAAAAAUGCGAUUUGAAAUUGAACGGUUCCACAAGCUCAACAAAUGUAAUUGGCUUGAAAAAAGUCCAAAUCAAAUCAAUUUUUGAUACCGAAACCUUGAUGAAUUUGGCCGAUUCUUAUAGAUCAACAGCUUCCACAGGUUGCAAUUCACAAUCUUCAAGAUCUCACGCAAUAUUUCAAAUCCACGUGGAUGCAAUUCAUUCAAAAACUGGUCAAAUUGCCAAAUGCUCGUUGAAUCUUGUUGAUUUGGCUGGUUCAGAACGUGUCAAAGAAUCUGGUGCCCAAGGUGAACGAUUUGCCGAAUUGACAAAUAUCAAUCAAAGUUUGUCAACAUUGAAAAGAUGCAUUCGCGCUCAAAUGAACAAUUCAUCGCAUAUUCCAUUUCGAGAAAGCAAAUUGACACUUUUGUUGAGAACUUAUCUUGGAAAAGGAUCCUCGAAAACUAUGUUUAUUGCUCAUUUGAAUCCUAAUGAUGUUGCGGAAACCAAAAGAACUCUCGAAUUUACCAAAGAAUUGAGAUCGACUAAUUUGGGACGUGCACAAGUUCAGAAAUAA